GUUGACUUUCUGUUCCAACCGGCGCUCGGAGUUCGUAAGGCUUGUUUAGGGUGGAAUACGGUAGUCCGCGCCAUCGCUUUCGAGACGAGCGUCCCCGAUACGAAGUCCUCCAAUCCUUAGAACUGUACCGGAACCCAUCGGCGUCAAGAUCCAUUUGUAAACAAACGCAUUGGAAAGGGUGGCCUUGAGUAAAAGCAUUCUUAGAUUUCAACUGAUGGUAGGAUGGUUCGUCUCUAUUCGGCCAUUUGAAGAAGCGCAACCCAAUCCCUCGUUUCAGAGGGCCGAGGACACAGCUCGCCGGUCCACGGGAGGCGCUAGCUUGUUCCAGCCUGGAACAAGCUGGUAUCAGGCUAGGAAGAAGUCAGCUAAACAAGUUAGAGAUAGACACAGGUUAUAGUCAUUUGGUGUUAGGAAUAUUCCUCAGCUUGACCAGUA